AUGGGGAACACGACAAAAAUUCCCACUGGAAUGGGGAACACGACAAAAAUUCCCACUGGAAAUGGGAACGCGACAAAAUCCCACUGGAUGGGAACACGACAAAAUUCCACUGGAAAUGGGGAACCGACAAAAAUUCCCACCACUGGGGAACACGACAAAAAUUCCCACUAUGGGAACGCGACAAAAAUUCCCACUGGAUAUGGGGAAGCGACCCACAACGACAACAGAAAUGGACAACGCGACAAAAAUUCCCACUGGAAAUGGGAACACAAGAAUUCCACUGGAAAUGGGGAACACGACAAAAUUCCCACUGGAUAUGGGGAACACGACAAGAAUUCCCACUGGAAAUGGGGAACGCGACAAAAAUUCCCACUGGACAUGGGGAACACGACAAAAAUUCCCACUGGAAAUGGGGAACACGACAAAAAUUCCCACUGGAUAUGGGGAACACAAGAAUUCCCACUGGAAAUGGGGAACACGACAAGAAUUCCCACUGGAUAUGGGGAACACGACAAAAUUCCCACUGGAAAUGGGGGAACCGACGAAUUCCCCACUGGAAAUGGGGAACGCGAUAAAAAUUCCCACUGGAUAUGGGGAACGCGACAAAAAUUCCCACUGGAUAUGGGGAACGCGACAAAAAUUCCCACUGGAAAUGAAAAAAUUCCCACUGGAUAUGGGGAACGCGACAAAAAUUCCCACUGGAUAUGGGGAACACGACAAAAAUUCCCACUGGAAAUGGGGAACGCGAUAAAAAUUCCCACUGGAUAUGGGGAACACGACAAAAAUUCCCACUGGAUAUGGGAACCGACAAAAAUUCCCACUGGAUAUGGGAACACGACAAAAAUUCCCACUGGAAAUGGGGAACGCAAAAAUUCCCACUGGAUAUGCGAUUCCAUGGAUAUGGAACACGACAAAAAUCCCACUGGAAUGGGGAACACGACAAAAAUUCCCACUGGAUAUGGGGAAACGCACGACAAAAAUUCCCACUGA